AUAGAUGGAGCGAGGUCAUAAGGUAUCUCUGAACAGCAGGAGAGCAGCGGGUUAAGCAUAAAACCUUCAAGACCACGUUCAAAUUAGCUGUGUAAAAAAGAUGAUUAAGGGGAUGAAGGUGAAGAAUGUACUGGCACGUCAGCUUUUGGGGGAGUUCAUCGGCACUUUUGUCCUGCUGCUGUUUGGUUGUGCUGCAGCAGCUCAGGUGAAAACCAGCAGAGACACUAAGGGGCAGUUUCUUUCUGUUAACAUGGCCUUCUCUAUAGGUGUCAUGUCUGCCAUGUACCUCUGCAGGGGAGUAUCAGGAGCUCAUCUAAACCCGGCUGUGUCUGUGAGUUUCUGUGUGUUGGGUGAUCUACCCUGGAAAAAGCUGCUACCCUACUCUCUGGCUCAACUUUUAGGAGCUUACCUCGCCUCUGGGCUUGUCUAUCUCAUCUACCGUGAUGCAAUCAUGGAGUUCAGUGGGGGAGUUCUGACUGUAUUUGGUCCUAAUGAAACAGCCAGUAUCUUUGCCACUUACCCUACUAAUGUGGUUUCAGUGCAGACUAACUUCCUGGAUCAGGUGGUUGGUACAGCCAUGCUGAUGCUGUGCAUUCUACCUUUGAAUGAUAAGAGGAACGCUCCUGCUCCUGAGGCGUUGCUCCCUCCCAUUGUAGCAACUGUUGUCCUAGGUAUUUCCAUGUCAAUGUCGGCUAACUGUGGAGCAGCUAUAAACCCUGCCCGUGACCUUGGUCCACGACUCUUCACAUUUACUGCAGGCUGGGGGACUGAUGUCUUCAAAUGCUAUGACUACUUCUUCUGGAUUCCAAUAGUGGCUCCUAUGGUAGGGGGUGUGCUGGGGACGAUCGUGUAUCUGGUUUUCAUUCAGUGGCAUCUGCCUGAGGCUGAGUCUGAAUCUGAGGAGGAUAUAGAUCAGACAAAUGUUGUGGAAUACAAUGACCAACAACAUGUGGACAAAAAUGAGGGGUUAUUCUUUAAACUGUCCUCCCUUUAAAAACUUGUGGACAGUUGGGGCAGUGACUUUACUGUUAGCGCACAUGCUGCGGCACAUUGAGCAAUGGUGCUUAUAUGCAAUGUGAGUUUGAAUCUGGUUCAAUGCAUUUCUUGAUCCCAUUCCCCUUCUUCCCUCCAUCAUUUCCUUUCUGAUCUAUAAAUGAUGCAAAAGGCCAAAAAUAAAAACUGGCGAAAAUGUACUCAGGAUGGACAAAAUGUUUCAUCACACUGCUGCAGAUCUGAUAUAUAACUUAUUAUUUAGAUAUUACAUUUUAAACCCUUGCAUGGAAUAUUACACUGCUUGGUAAUGGAGUGAAUUAAGAUAUUUGUAUAUAGCAUGUACAGUAGCCUAUUUUAACUAUUUUUAAAUAUACCUCCUUUUUAUUUAAUCUGAUUUGGUGGUAGUCUGGUGGCAGUUAGAUGUACUAUUUGUGGCUUAGUAUACACAAAUUCAAGCCAAAUAUAUUUUGCACCCCAAUAUUCUGAGGGCUGGCUGAACAACUGGACUAUAUUUUAAAGCAUUCACAAUGUUUCAUUACAGGCUACUGCAACUAUGGCUACUGUUUGUAUUAAACAACUGUUUGUGUUAUUUAUAUAAUUACUAAUUAUUAACUAAUUAAAUGACAGAAAACAACAGCUUUUUCUGUCAACGGCAUUGAUAUGUAUGCUAUAGAAUAUGAAUCAAUGGAUAAUUUGUUUAUAGGGCAAAUUAAUUUACUGUGAUUGUCACCCUAACACUUCAGACCAACAAAUGAGAGUUUAUCCAUUAAAAAGCCCAUUUAAAUAUGGUCAUAUUAAUAUAGAGUUGCAUGUGAUGGAGCAAGAAAUGUACACAACAGACCUUAGAUGUCCUACAUUAUUCAGUGUCUUAUAUUAGCCUAAUACAUAACCUAUAUUGUUUAGUGUAUGAGUGUAAUUUAGUUUUUUUUAUCUCUGUUAAUAAAUAUACCAAUAAUUAUAACCCCAUUUGUUUUGCAGAAAUUUAAUAUAACCACAUUGUACUCUAUAAUCUAUUUGCAGGUUGCUCUCUCAAAUGUAAGUGAAGCAAUAUCUUACAUCAAAAGCCUAUUACAUCAUAGAACUACAGGGGGAUCAGAGUGUGUUCAUUUGCUGAGGUUUCAAUGUGUAUAUUAACAAAUAUGCAAACAAAGAGUUUAUAGAGUGCAUCAGGUUGAAGCCCCUUUUAAGCAAAUACUUUUCUGAACUGUUGGGAAUUGGAACACAUAUUAUAUAUCCUCAGAAAGCCAACAUCUACUUUCCUGUGAUUUUUUUAAAAUUAGAAUAUCAUCUGUUCAGGGAAUUAUUUCCUCUUGCAUUAAUGAUCUACUAAAAUGUUGUGCUAAUAAAGAAACUGCAACCAUAUG